CUUUCAUUUAUGUCUUUUAGUGGUCGCGUUAAAGAUGCUACUCCGUUAGAAGUGAAAUUCAUGAAGAGACGUUGUCAUGUACUAUUCGAACAUUUGAAAAAAUGCGUCGAUCGAAAGGAUUAUCGAGUUCUUAUGGAAGCAAUCCCUCCUAAGCAAGAGUAUGUGAUCAAUGUACGGUUGACUCCGCGCCAGUGCGAACUGUAUAGGGCGUUCUUAGAAGGUGUGGCAAAUGAUGGAGCAAGAUUAUCCAAACGUCUCCUUCCUGACUAUCACGUUCUAGCUCGGGUGUGGACACAUCCUUACUUGCUUAUGCUCCAUGAGCAGAAACAGGAAAGAGAGGUAAACAGUUCAUCCUAAGGUGUGGCAAAUGAUGGAGCAAGAUUAUCCAAACGUCUCCUUCCUGACUAUCACGUUUUAGCUCGGGUUUGGACACAUCCUUACUUGCUUAUGCUCCAUGAGCAGAAACAGGAGAGGGAGCGUCUCCUUCGCGACGAAGUCCUUGAGGACGAAGAAUUCAUUGAUGAUGGAUCUGGUAGUACUUCGGAGUCAGAGUCAGAUGAGGAGGAGGAUUUGAAAGUUAAGAAACAGCCAAGAAAAAAAGGUCCCGGAAAAUCAAAAGAAAGCGACAGCGAAAGUGAUGUGAUUUUACUGUAG